AUGCUGCUCAGUGCUGUACAACCUUACAACCAGUGGCUGUAUGAGCGGAAGGGGGGGUAGGGAUGCCCCAGAUAUUAGCGACAGCCAGAGAGAGGCCAGUAUCCAAUGGUCAGGGUCCUUAAUUCAGCCAAAAAUGCGUCUCUCUAGUGGCUAGCCAAUGGCUGGUUUAUCAUUCCCCUAUUAUACAACCAAUAGGUGUCUCUGGUGGCCAGCCAAUGGCAGAGCCUGUUUUAUCAUCCCAACAUAUAGCAGCCUCUCCUGUUGUCUCUCACAGUAACAUCGUGCCUAUCUCCCAUCGUCACUGUCACAUCCCGGCUGCCAUUUCUCCUCCCACAACCAUUUCCAUUUUGUUUUAAAGGGAAAAUGGCUCUAUCCACAAUUCAGAAAGUGGCCUCAUUCUCCUGUCUGGUGCUGUGUGUUUCUCUGCUUCUGCCCAAAACCUUUUUAUCCCGAGGGAAGCAGCCGGGGCAGCCGGAGGGUAAGAGGUAUCCGUGCAUGAUAUGUCACCAUCCCCCAUUCACCGAUGCUGAGCUCUGUCUGUGCUCGUACUGUCCGUGCAGCAUCCUUUGUGGAAGAACAAGGAGUCAUUAUACUAACAGACAAAACACAGAUUACUGGGCUUUGUCUUUUAAAGGGGAACUGACACUUCUGUGGGAUUUACAGCAUUCAAUAAAAUCACCUAGAACUUGCCUUUACUUUUCUCAGAAGAUGCUCUGUGUUCUUUUGAAUUUAUAAUAAAGAUUUAGCAAGUGACAUCACAAUCCAGUUCAGACAAGGCACAGCCAGGGCACACAUUGCACAUGAAAAUGAGAGAUUGAAACAUUGUUUCAUUUCUCCUCCUCUCUGUAUGCUCUCUCUGUGCUGACUGCCAGGUGUAAUGGGCGGAGCUUAUAACAAUGAUUGACACGGAGCUAACAUGGAGGCAUCCAGUUACAGGAUAAAGAGCUGUGGGAUACAACAUUACAUUUUUAUUUUUACACCUUAGAAAAUGCUUAUUUCUUAAAUAUAGAGAUAAAUACACAUAAUAUCAAAAAUACUGGAAAGUGACAGUUCCUCUUUAACCCCUUUAUGGACAGAAAGAUGUACAGACAUACUUGCAAAUAAUAACUAUAUACCAGUAAAAUCAGCUAUUGUCUAACUCAGCUGCUCUUUCUCAGAGAUGCAAUUCCAUUGUCAGGGCUCCAAAAUUCACAAUUUAGUAAAUGUGCUCUAUUAGAUAUUUUCUAAGUGGGAUCUGCCAAUUCUCCAGACCCAUCCCAGACCCCACUAAUGUCCCCCUUGUUUCCCCCUUUCUCCCCUUUUUACAGUCUUUGUAAACUAAAUAUAGAGUGCAAGUUCUGUAGGUGAGACUGUAAAAUUCUCCAUAGAAUCAGGUUGUGUCCACAAAUGAAGCCACUUGGUUGAUCCAGUCGCUCAUUUCCUAAAUCAACGGCAUGGGUCUUGUAAGUCUAUUGCAUGCUUUCUUCCAUUUUAUUACCACCUCUGCUGGAAGGCUAUUCAUUGCAUCUGCUCCAUUUUCUGUUUAAAUUUAUUUCCUGACUUUAACCCUUCAUUUCCUCCCAACACACAGCAUGGUGCCCUGCGCCAGAUAGUGCAGCUGUAUUGUAGGUGGUGGACAGGGGGGUCAUAAAACAGAAGGAGAGAAAUUCAUGUAAAAAUCUAUGCAGACAUUUUAUUUGUGCAUGAAUAUCACUACCAUCUCUCCUGAUGGGUUGUUUCAGGGAUCUACAACUAGACAAGAUGAAGGUCUCAAGACAUGGAUUACUUGUAUAAUAUAUAUAUAUAUAUAUAUAUAUAUACAUACAUACAUAUUUAUUUAGCACAAUUCAUUAUUUUUUUUAUAAAUAUAUAAAUAUAAUUCAAAGAAAAGAAUUGCUUGCAUUCUAUCCCAAAUCCUUAUGCACAUUUAAAUAACUGGAGAUUUUAGUACCCCUCCAAUGGCCAUUUAAGUGUAAGUUCACCUGCCACGUCAAGGCAAACCUCUUAUGUGAGUCCACGCUAGCAAUUCACCUGGCUUUCUUCAGCUAAAGGAAAAUCUCUGAGACAGAGAGGGGUAUUUUUCUAAACCCCUUCACACUUAUUAACCCUGAAUAGUUAACACAUGGGGUGGACGGCAGCACUGUAACAUGGCUGCGUGGUACAAAAGAUUUUCGUAUAUAAACAUAAUUGUUUUCAAGAAGACAAAAUGAACAGGGAAUGGAACAGAAAUUAAUACAGGAGUAAGGGACAAUAAUACGACAAUUCACAAAUCAUACAAUAAUGGCAAUUUAUUAUUUUUUUAAUUAAUGCAGAUAAUAAUGACAGACCAUGCAGUAUUUAUCGUAGCCAGAUUUACAAAUCAGGCGCCUGUCGGUGCACAAUUCCCAGGCACCCCCUACCUUCUUCUUUCAAAAAAACAAUUCUCAGUUGCUAUGUGAUUUGGAGGGAUCUCGGAUUCCACUAUCACCUCAUACCACACAUAAAAAAGUGGUGUAAAAAUGUAUCUAAAAGGGGAAAAAAAACACAAAGCAUCCUUUAAUAGAAAGGCACUCCUAGGCAACUGCCUACUCUGCCCACUGCCUUCAGGGCUUCAUGCCUCUUAAAGUUCCAAAAUGUUCCCAGCUUGGCUCUCUUCGUUAAAUGUUUGCUAAUUCAGUUAAUUAAAAUCCCACCUGCAAUCUUUAUGCCAGCAGUAGCUUUGUGACCUCGCCACCUCUUCCAACCUGGUUGUAAAAUAUUAUGGAAUGAGGGGAACUGUGUUUCCUCCCGACCAAUAUUCCUGACAAACUGCACUGAGGGAUGUCACAGAUAUUACACGUCAUAAGAAUUGACAUUUAAUUAAAGAUUACAGUUUGUGACUCCUAGUCCCAUUUCCUUACAAUAGCACAGUGCAAUUCAUCACGGCUGACACCACUCGGAUAGUCUGGCCUUUUGUCAACCUCAAUAACAAUUUAAUUCAAGAGUGUCGCUUAAAUGUCCAACAGCUUGAUGGAAGAAAUGCAAUAAUGUCAGUGGGUUGUGCUUAUAAACAGCCCUUUCACAGUGUAUGUGUGUUUAUAAUAUAAAUCUGGAUAUAAUAAAAAUGGAUAAAAAAUAUAACACAAACGAUACAAGGGUUCUAUAUCUAUGGGGGUUCGGUAUUAAGAGUAAUUGGGGCUUACACUUUUUAAAGUUAUCAGGAACAUUCCGUUGGCUUCCAUGGUGAUAUUUCCACAGAAAUACUCUUUAUGCAAAAUCCCUAUAUGUGUACACAUAUCAAUAUCAUUAUCAUUGUCUUGUCUUUUGUGCAAUACAAUUUGUUUGUUUCCUGGCAUUAAAGGGACACUACACUUCCCAAAUACAAAAUAAAUAAAAAUCACUGUUUAGUAGAUAUGCCACAAGUGAAAACCUGCUUGCAUUUAAUUAUGCAUGUUUUCAUUGGAGUUACAUCUAAAAACAGCUUGCAAAAACAGCAGAUCCCUUGUCUGCUGCCAUUGCAAGCCCUCCUCUUCUAACCCCGCCCAGACUUUUUUGUACUGUCCAAUCACAGACUUCCUAAUGCAGUUCAGUGAGAAGUCUUUAUAAGGCAGGUGCUCUGGGCAAUUGCUGCCUCUUGAGUUCAGUGCAAAUAAGCUAACCAAACCAGGAAGUAACAUGAUCUGUUGUCUGCUUGAAAAGCCAGGGGUUGUGUCCAGGUUAAUUUAUAAAAGUGACAAUUUCUAUUAAAAUCUGAACUUUUCCAAAAUGAAGAAAGUAGGACAUAAUCUUCACACAUAAAGCUUUUGAUUAAGCUAAAGUGCUUUAGGGGUCUGGAGUGUCCCUUUACGCUUUCUGUCUCUGUCCUGCUUUGCUUCAGGUGAACACAGAAGCUGUAACAGAUCCUCUAUACUCUGACUGAGUAUAUCUGUUGUAAAUCUCCCGAGUCCCAAGUGAAGCAGUGAUUAGAAUUCCGAGCUACCCAAACAUCAGCCUAGACCUGAUGAAGGGUACAAAAGAACUGUUUUAUUAUGGCCAGAUGGCCCACUUAUAUACACAGAACCCCAGCAUGGGGUCUCCAGCAAGGACACCGUAAAACACGCCCCAAACACUCCCACAACACACCCUGGAGUCUCUGUGUCUGGGAGAUAAUUAAGUGUACUUUGCUUAAACUAAUUAUCUCCCAGGCUCUAGAGUUACAAACUAUAAAACAUAAAAUAUUAAAAAUAUGCAUAAUACAAAUAGAAACCCCCACAAAUUUUAUAUCCCCGGAUAGCCUGGGUCUGAUCGUCCAAAUAGCGCUCAGAUUCCACGAACACAGCUGAAUCGUCACCAGGGUAAAGUUUUGACCGACUGCACAUGUGGCAUCCACCCAAAUCAGUUCCAGUGAUUCAGUGGUAGCAGUUAGUCAUUUUCAGGAGUUCCAAACCGAACAAAAAGAUGAAUGGUUCCCCUGGCUCAUAGGUAGCGAUUGUUCACCUUGUUCAUGCGAACAAUCCUACUGAACAGUGCUCUCCUGGGAAGUAGAUGCACGAAUGAAAUCACUGGUGUUCGCGAGGUCGAGUGUCCAACUAAUAGUUCCAGACACUCGUUGACCAGGUCCCGCUGCCUGCGUUCGUUUUCAGAUACGAAUGAUGGCCACACAGAAAGAGCAUUUGAGUUUGUGGUUUCUUUGAUGUUUAAUGAGCAUGGGGGUGGUCUGUUUUCGGUAGAUUGUAGCUCCCAAAAGGGGAAAACAUGAAUGGGGUUUGGGAACAUAUUACCCAACUUAGCAGGAGAAUAUCUUGGACACAGGCAAAAUAGUGAGUUUUGUCACAGAAGCAUUUUGCUACAUUGUAAUUCCUUUUAUUGUUUUAACGUUACAUCAACCAACCUUAGUUCCUUUCAGCAUCCAGGACACAUAUGACAAAAUAAAUUAAAAAGUGUUUUCCGUACUCAUGACAUAAAUUGUAAUUAUUUUAUUAUAGGUAG